UUAUAAACCCGGCCAGCAGCUAGCAACACCGCAGUGCGUGCCUCAAGCCAAAGCCUCUUGCUAAGCGUACCACACUAUACAGACGUGCGCGCGCAGCCAUGGCACCCACCGUGAUGGCUUCCUCCGCCACCUCCGUGGCUCCUUUCCAGGGGCUCAAGUCCACCGCCGGCCUCCCCGUCGCCAGCCGCCGCUCCUCCAACAGCCUCGGCAGCGUCAGCAACGGUGGAAGGAUCAGGUGCAUGCAGGUGUGGCCGAUCGAGGGCAUCAAGAAGUUCGAGACCCUCUCGUACCUGCCCCCUCUCUCCGUGGAGUCUCUCCUGAAGCAGAUCGAGUACCUGAUCCGCUCCAAGUGGGUUCCUUGCCUGGAGUUCAGCAAGGUCGGCUUCGUCUUCCGCGAGCACAACAGCUCCCCUGGGUACUAUGAUGGCAGGUACUGGACAAUGUGGAAGCUGCCCAUGUUCGGGUGCACCGACGCCACACAGGUGCUCAAGGAGCUGGAGGAGGUCAAGAAGGAGUACCCGGACGCCUAUGUCCGCAUCAUCGGCUUCGACAACACCCGGCAGGUGCAGUGCAUCAGCUUCAUCGCCUUCAAGCCUCCAGGCUGCGAGGAGUCCGGCAAGGCCUAAACAGCAGCUCACUGAUCUGGAUUGAUCUGUUGGAGUCCCAUAUAUAUAUGUAUAAGAUGCCAGCCCGGUUUCGUCAACCAUGGCAUUUUGCUUUGCGUUUUUCCUUUCCGGUUUGUUAUUUCUCUUUGUCCCUAUGGAUAUCGUGUGUGUACAUUUGAAUGUACCGACAUGGGCUCGAGGAGCAUAUGUACAUUUGAACCCUGACUACACAUAUACACACAUAUACAUGUAAUAUUAUACAAUCUGUCGAGUAUGUGUUGGUUCAUA